AUGGCGACUACCGCGAUGGACUACGAGAACGCGAACGGUAAUCGCUUCGAUAGUGAGUCGCCCCAACGCGGUCGCGACCAGCCCGCCUCGACCCAGUGCGCCUCGACCCAGCCCGCGCUUCCUUCAAACAAAGGUGCCCCUCGUUACGACCGCGACCGUAGUACGUCGCCGCGUCGCGACGAUAGACACGAGUCGUCGCGUCGCCGCUCCAUGUCUCCCAACGGCAAUGACCGAUACAGCGCACCCUCCAAGAAUGACGGCGGCUCCAAGGAUGACGACGGAGCCAUCAACCCUGGAUCUAACCUUUUCGUCACGGGCAUCCAUCCCCGCCUCGAAGAGGCUGAAGUUACCCGUCUCUUUGAGAAGUAUGGUGAGGUGGAGAAGUGCCAGAUCAUAAAGGGCUCCCACACUAGAGAGUCUCGUGGCUUUGGCUUCGUAAAGAUGGUGACCUCAGAUAUGGCCGAUGCCGCAAAGGAUGGCCUCCAGGGUGAGGUUAUUGAGGGCCGCACUCUCAGCAUCGAGAAGGCGCGCCGGGCCCGCCCUCGUACUCCCACUCCGGGCAAGUCCUUCGGCCCCCCCAAGCGCGAGCCCGGCCGCGGAGGCCGUUUCGACGAUCGUCGCCGUGGCGGAUCCGGCGGCGGCGGUUACGGCGGUAGGGAUGACUCGUACCGCGGCAGCUACCGUGGCGGCCGUGACGAUCGCGGCUACAACCGUGGCUUUGACCGCGGUGGCAGUGACCGCGGCUACGACCGCAACUAUCGCGACGAUAGAGGAUAUGACCGCGGAUACCAGCGUGAGGAUCGUGGCUAUGACCGCCGUGACCGUAAUAAUAGCUAUGGUGGUGGCGGAUACAUUGACCGCUACAUUGGCGCCGGUGGAAGCACUGGUGGCCGUGAGGAUCGUGGCGAGCGCUAUGGUGGUAGAGGCCGCGGUGGCGCUGAUGAUCGCCGUGCCCCUGGCUACGAUCGUGAGCGUGGUGACUACCGUGGCGGCGACCGUGAUACUCGCCCGCCGCGUGACGCUGCUCCCAGCGCGGGCGGCUACGGAGAUUCGGCGCUGCGUGGAGAGGCUCGCGAACCCUAUGGCGCCCGCUAG